CACAAACCCAAAAAAAGAAAACACGUAUUUCACACAGGUGUUUUACGCUUCGUCUGGCCCUGGCUUAUCGCUGUCCUUAUUUUUUUAUUCCGAGGCUUUAAAAGUUGCAAGUCGUAGUAAAUUGAAGCCAGAAAAGUGAUUCAACACAAUCCGAAAUGUUGCUACAUAUGGUGCUACUAGCCGUAGCCGUCGUCUCCGGGACGACGGCGGCCGGUUCCGGUAACAAGAAGUACGCUCUGUCCGCUAAGUUCAUCGAUGAGAUCAACUCGAAGGCCAGCACCUGGCGAGCGGGACGCAACUUCCAUCCCGAUGUGUCGCUCUCGUACAUCCGGGGUCUGAUGGGCGUACACCAGGACGCGUACAAGUUCCGUGAGCCGGAGUUCGUGCACGAUCUGUCCGCGGACGUUGACGAUCUGCCGGAGAACUUCGAUUCGCGCGAACAGUGGCCCAACUGCCCAACGAUCCGGGAAAUCCGUGAUCAGGGCUCGUGCGGUUCAUGCUGGGCGUUCGGAGCGGUCGAAGCGAUGUCGGACCGCGUAUGCAUCGCGUCCGGUGGCAAGAUCCACUUCCGCUUUUCGGCGGAAGAUCUCAUAUCGUGCUGCCACACCUGCGGAUUCGGUUGUAACGGUGGAUUCCCUGGAGCCGCCUGGAGCUACUGGGUGCACAAGGGUCUGGUAAGCGGCGGACCGUUCGGAUCCAACUUGGGCUGCCAGCCGUACGCUAUUGCACCGUGCGAGCAUCACGUGAAUGGUACACGCCCAUCAUGCGAGGGUGAAGGUGGCAAAACGCCCAAGUGCGUUAAGAAGUGCCAGGAUAGCUACAACGUGCCUUACGCUAAGGAUAAGCGAUACGGAUCGAAAUCGUACUCGAUCCCGCGCCACGAGGACCAGAUUCGCAAGGAAAUCAUGACGAAUGGACCGGUCGAAGGUGCGUUCACGGUGUACGAGGAUCUGCUGCACUACAAGGAAGGCGUCUAUCAGCAUGUGACGGGCAAGAUGCUCGGUGGACACGCCAUUCGCAUCCUUGGCUGGGGCGUAGAGAACAACACCAAGUACUGGCUGAUUGCCAAUUCGUGGAACAGUGAUUGGGGAGAUAAUGGUUUCUUUAAGAUUCUGCGCGGCGAGGAUCACCUCGGAAUCGAGAGCUCGAUCGCCGCCGGUUUGCCAAAGCUGUAAAACAUUUCACAGCGAAACUUGAUCAUCAUCGUGCUGGUGUUGUUGUUUUUCCUCUUUUUAUCAAUUCAAUCAAUUCAAACACACAUUCCAGGGUGAAAGGUUAACGCGGUGCAUGUAAAAUUGAGGAGCCUCGGUAACACGCUAGACCUACGGAACCUCUUUGACAUGAUGUACCUCACCCCCGAGAGGCUCAAUAAAAAGUAGAAGUAGAUACUGGUGUGAAUUUAA